AUGUAUAAUUCUACUAUCGGCUAUAAGGGUGUCCCGCCAGGAGAGUAUGGCCAGGACAUUUACGGCCUCAAGAAUAUCUUUGCAAUUAAGGGCACCCCUUACAAUGACUCGGAAAGGUUCGAUCGAUGGCUUUUCCAACGCGGAGCAGAAAAGGACAGGCUACUCAAGCAUUUCCAGAAGCAUGGGUGCUUUCCGGCGGAUCCGGACGACGGUUAUGUUCGUGCGGACAUCAAGCUAUUCAACGCCAUGGAAGCAGCACAGAUCUUCACGGGGGAAUUGGCCGUCGUCACGGCCUGGUGGAUCGCCAAGUUUGCCUUCCGCUGUAUCAGCAAACCCCCUUGGAAGACGCUCAGCGCACUUCUCGCCCUGGUGUCAUGGGCAGCCGCAUGA